CCUCGGCUGUUGUGUUUAUCGGAGUACAGCAGUUAUAAUUCACCAGUCAAUCCAGCGGUAAAGACAGCCAGGAGCGGACAUGGACACCGACAACCUCUCCGUGGUUUUGCACGCAAAAGGCGAUCUGAGGCUGGAGCAGCGUCCGAUCCCAGAGCCUGGACCCGACGAGGUGCUGCUCCAGAUGCACUCUGUGGGCAUCUGUGGCUCUGAUGUGCACUUCUGGGUGAACGGGCGGAUUGGAGAUUAUGUCGUGAAGGAGCCGAUGGUGUUGGGGCACGAGGCCUCUGGCCGUGUGGUCAAAGUGGGCACUGGAGUGACCCACCUCAAACCAGGGGACAGGGUGGCUAUUGAACCUGGAGUGCCCCGCAAAAUGGAUGAGUUCUUCAAAUCUGGCCGCUACAACCUGUCACCGUCCAUAUUCUUCUGCGCCACACCACCAGAUAACGGGAACCUUUGUAGAUACUACAUACAUAAUGCCAACUUCUGCUACAAACUUCCUGAUAAUUUGACGUAUGAGGAAGGAGCGCUCAUUGAGCCGCUGUCUGUGGGGAUCCACGCCUGCAGGAGAGCCGGCGUCACCCUGGGCAGCUCGGUGCUCAUCUGCGGAGCAGGGCCAAUUGGGCUGGUCAGUCUGUUGGUGGCUAAAGCCAUGGGUGCAUCUCAAGUGGUAAUAAGUGAUCUUUCUGCUGAUAGACUGGCCAAGGCUAAGGAAUUAGGUGCUGACUUCCUGCUUCCUGUGAAGAGAGAGGAUCUACCAGAGGAAAUGGCCAAACGUGUGGAGGGCAUGCUGGGUGGAAUGCCUCACAUCAGCAUAGAGUGCACCGGCGUGGAGAGCAGCAUUCAAACAGCCAUCUACGCCACUCGCUCUGGGGGAGUAGUGGUGUUGGUGGGGCUCGGUGCUAGCAUGACCACAGUGCCUCUCGUCAAUGCAGCGGUCAGAGAAGUGGACAUCAGAGGCGUGUUCCGUUACUGUAACACGUGGCCUUUGGCAAUUGCAAUGCUGGCUUCCAAGCGGGUCAACGUGAAGCCCCUGGUCACCCACCGCUUCCCACUGGAGCAGGCUAUACAGGCAUUUGAGACGACAAGACAGGGAGUCGGUGUCAAAGUCAUGCUGAAGUGCGACAAAAAUGACCAGAACCCAUAAGACCCUGAACCCUUCACGCACUACAACAGCAAAGCCCUUUGAUCUUGCUAAGCCUCCUCCAUUCACCCAGUCUAAGAAAUAAUCUUUUGUAAAAAAUGAUUUUUUUAAAUUACUGCUUAAACAGUCGUGUAUUUCUAGCGAUGAAUGUGAUAAAAGUAGUUACAACA